AUGGGUGCAGCAAACAAGUACAAUUUUCUCGUUGUCUUCUUCGUGACCUUCGGGUCUCUGACAUAUGGGUACAACUCUGCAAUCAUUGGGGCCGUCAUCGGCCUGCCAUCCUUCUUUCAGUACUUCAACAUCGACAUCAAGUCAAGCGGAGGCUCCCGAAUCACUGGAGCAACCAAUGGACUCUUCGCAGGGGGUGGAUUCAUAGGCUGCUAUCUGAUCACCUGGCUGGCUGACAGGGUGGGCAGGAAGAGGUCCAUCCAAAUCACUGCCUGUAUUUGUAUUGUUGCAGGUGCCCUUCAGGCGGGAUCUAUUCACAUUGCUAUGUUCCUGGUGGCCCGCUUCAUGAUGGGCGUGGGCGUGGGCUUGGUCAACGUGAUCACUCCUCUCUAUCAAUCAGAGGUGUCUCCUGCCCACUCCCGCGGGCGAAUGGUGGGCAGCCAUGGGUUCAUUCUCUGCGUCGGAUACGGACUAGCUGGAUGGACGGGUUACGGUUGUUAUUUCUUGAAGAAUCAAGUGGCUCAGUGGCGUCUCUGCCUUGCACUGCAAAUUGUUCCGCCACUCUGCCUUCUACUUGGGUCUCCAUGGCUUCCCGAGUCGCCUCGAUAUCUGGUCGCAAACGACAUGCAAGAACAAGGUUUCGAAAUCCUUAAACGAUUACACCACCACCCCGAAGAUGAGGAUGACACCAUUGCCCGAGAAGAGCUGUAUCAAAUCCGUCAACAAUUGGAUCUGGAGAAGCGCGAAGGUUGGAGACAAGGCUGGAUCCAAGGCUGGAUUCUCUUGUUUUCCAGGAAAUCUUACCGAAAGCGUCUGCUCUUUGGAUUUCUCCUUCUUGGCCUGGUCCAGAGUACGGGAUGUUUGGUCAUCAACAACUACCAAGUCCUUCUUUACAACGGGCUCAGUCUGUACGGGGCAAUGCCCCUUAUGCUGUACGCUCUCUGGGACACCUGGGCAGCCUUCAUGAACUUUAUCAAUUCGCUUCUACUUGACAAGGUCGGCCGGAUCCCGAUCAUGGUUGUUGGACAGAUCGGAUGCGCCAUCUCCGUUGCUGGGUUUACUGCUUGCCUCGCAAGAUAUGGCGGUACCGACAACCGAGUGGGGAAUGGGUUCGGCGUCUUCUUCCUCUACCUGUUUGUAACGUUCUUCGGUGGCUCAAUGGACGCCUCAUCUUACGUUUACUCUUCCGAGAUCUUCCCGACCUCAAUCCGUGCCCAGGGCGCCGGGUUCAGCGUCUCAGGCUUGUUUGCUUUCAGCUUGAUCUACACCAUGUGUGCCCCUGUCGCGUUCAACAACAUUGGCUGGAAAUACUACCUAAUCUUCAUCAUCGUGCCGUUGCUCGGAGCCACAAUCAUGGCGCUGUUCUAUCCCGAGACCAAAGGCCUCGCCCUGGAGGAAAUCGGGAAGAAAUUCGGCGAUGAGAUCGCUGUCGACCUCACUCAUCUCUCGGCCGAAGAGAGAGCCAGGCUUGACAAGACUCUGGUGAAUGCAGAAGUCGUCGAGAUGGAGAUUAAAGCUUGA